GGUCGACGAAGGAUAUCAGAAGUAAUAUGCAGCUGUCACAGAACGAUGGACUUUUGGUCUCGUCUAAUUGGCGGCUCCCGUUCGCUGUCAACCAAGAGCUUUCGUGCUACGUCGCCCACUGAGAGAUUAACAGCUUUCAAGCAGACGUGCAAUACUCUGCAACAAAUAUGGCGUUCCACCACCACCCCGUCCGGAAACCUAUCAGCUGGAGCUCAAGCGCGCAUCUACAUUGAGCGGCUGAACUCCAUCCUGAGCGACGAAUCGCGAGGUCCCGCACCUCACCCAUGUCUAGCAUAUGCUGCAUCCUCCCAGAUCUUCGUGACCAUCACAAAAGUCACCUUGUCGUCCUACGAUGGUGGCCAGGUUGGCACGCUCCGGGCCGCGGCUAUCUUCUUCAACACCCUGAUCGAUUCGGAGGUGGAUGGCGUUGUUGACAACCGGCUAUUUGCGCGGGCUUUGGUGGAUUUGGUCAGACGUGCAGACAAACAUGACGAGGAUGUCGAAGGCAGGCUGGUGGAACUCUUGUUUGGUGUCGCCAAUAACAUUCGGUUGCAGCCUAGUAUAUUACCAGCUUGGUUUGCUCCAAGGUCCGACGACCAGGACAAGGAGAGGCAAGCCAAUACGGGGGCGGAAUUUGCUGGCGCGACGAGGACAAACGACUUUCCUCUAUUUUAUCUAUUGGUGCAAUAUGUGCAUCAUGCGGGCAGGGCGGGCGAUUUCGCUCGGACGGGUCUACUGUAUCUGAUUGAAACAGCGUCCAGGUCCAAGAUUCUGGAGAGAUGGUUGAUCGAAAGUGAUCUUGCGACUCUUAUGGCUACUGGUUUAGGCGCGCUGUACAGUCAGCUGGGCAGAUAUCCUAGCCUGUCCUUUGGUACGACCGAAGAAGAAAACCUUCCACAUAUCGUCGCGUUGUCGGACCAUGCAAGACAUGAAAGCGCCCUUCCGCCCCGGCUCGAUUCGACCAUGGACUCUUUUAUGUCGUAUCUGUUAUUCUGGCAGGACACAAUCGACCAUUGUAAAUCUGCGGAAGUGAAUGGCACUCUCUUGGACCAUUUCCAGGUCUUGUUUCUAGAGCAACUUCUGUACCCAUCGCUACUGGAAUCAUCCGACGUGGAAGGUGGCUCUACUGCUGCAGUGCUCACUUAUCUAUACCGUAUUCUUGAGUCAGUCGAACAACAUGACCUGGUUCACCGUAUUCUACAUUUCUUGCUUGCGUCGCCGUCUGACUCACAGCCUACGUCAAAAGUGGACAUGUCGUCCAGCCGACGAAAGUCUCUGGACGUCUUGGCUGCCUUCUCGGAGGGAGCGGCUCGGCCAUCUCCAUCUCUCUUCAACCUCAGAGACCUUGCACUUCUUGGACUCCAGUCCGCCAAUCGUCAAACUGUGUUGGCUACGCUACGUUUGCUGACGGUUGUCUUACAACGACAUCACUCAUUCGCCCGAUCCUUGGUUCGGACGGAUUCAAGUCAACCUGCUAAGCAGCGAACCGUUGGUGCACUGAAUGCCGAGCUCGCACAGCUCCUGGGCUUGGCCACAUCAAUUGUCCACGACCCCACGCUGAAUGAUUCUUUUGAGAAUUAUCUGAAGGACGCCUCCUGGAUAUUGGAGGCGCGUCUCAGUAUGUUACCGGCGGAAUAUGAUUUUGAGGAGGAUGGACCAUUACAACUGCGAAGAGAUGAUCCCAUCGUGCGAGAACUGCUCAACCUGCUAGGCACGUUUUUCACCAAUAGUGUGAUAGUGAACCUGGCGUUGACGGAAGUCCUGAAGAGCAUCGCUUCCUCGCAUCUUGUAUCUGUUGAUGGGUGGCUUCUUGUCGACCCGACGAAAUAUGAUUACAGCGCCGCACCUACAAUUGAGAGCGAUUCGACCCUCGAAGUAUUGGAACAAAUCCAGCUAGCCUAUCACGAGCCCAGCUGGUCCAGCGCUGACGUACCCAUGCUCACCUCUGUCCUACACGGACUCGUGCAACAGAUACAGGGAUGGUGCAGGGACAUAUCAGACUUUGAUAUACUGGUUGCAGCUCGGCGCGACAUCCUCCACCAAGAAAACGAUCCGAGGCAAUCCCCUAGCCGGUCCCGACAAGCUUCUGAACCUCCCACAGGUGGUUCUUCCGAGAGACCAAUUGCACGAAUCGGGCAAGUGGGGUCUGACUUUGGAUCUCCCCGCGGAAGAGCAGCCCGACCCUUGGACGUGCGGAGUGUUGCAUCCACACCACGGCGCGCUGCGGCUAGAUCACCAGCGCGAGAUCCCUCUGUACUAUCUGCCGCUACCCGGGAAUCGUCCAUGACCCGGCAAUCUGCUGCAGACGAGCUGCGCAAGCGAUUGGCCGAGCCUUUCCAGGUGAGGUCACAGCCACAGCGGCCCCGGAGCGAGACAGAUGAUGCUGGAGACGUCAUCGAACCAGCCGGUGUCCAUACAGACCACUCAGAUGACGCGAUCAUGGACAAUCCAUCCGAGUCAGCAACACUGGGACACAUCCUGACUAAUACUAUUAUCUUGUAUGAGUUCCUCCUGGAGCUAUCGGCGAUUGUACAAGCACGGGGAAGUCUAUAUGAAGAGGCGGGGUUUCCGGGAGUUGAAGCUGCAGCCUGAUAGUAGCCAAAUUUAGCUGGGCUGUGCAAAGGAGUUGUGGGCAGGUACCACGACUGGAGCAGGAUACCCAUUUAACAUUUGUUUUAC